AUGACAUUAUCCAAUAAUCUGACAUUACCGCCAACCAAACGCCCCCUUAAAGUUCUUUCGAUCCAGGGUUCUUCUAAGUCUAUCAAUGUUAUUCCAAGCAAAGAAAUCCAAAUGAACAACAGGGAAAAUUAUAGUCUGUGCUUUUCCAUACUUGCUGCUUCUCUUCUACGGCUGCUUCACCAUAAUAAUCAAGAAACCGUUUGUAAACCAUAUGGUUUUGAUGCUCUUAUGAUUUUCGUCAUGUUCUGCUUCACUGGUGCUUUUGGUGCGUCAUUGAUAAGGAACAAGCCACAGCUUGCAAUACUUCGCAGGUUUUACUUCGUAAUCUCAAUGGUUUCUAUGGCUUCAACUUUGUCGAGUUUGGCCUUCACCUUGUUUUCUGAAAGUUUCAGGUCUGUGGACUUGAAUUUAGAGGAAGGUACAGCAAGAAAAUAUUCUGGAGAACUUAGAAAUAGAACAGUCUCAGGGGAGUUCCAAAGAGGGCCAAAUUCUGAUGCUGAAAUUCCAGGGGGCCAUUCGGGAAGUGGAUUUGUCUUAGUUNGAAAAUAUUCUGGAGAACUUAGAAAUAGAACAGUCUCAGUUUCAAGGGAGUUCCAAAGAGGGCCAAAUUCUGAUGCUGAAAUUCCAGGGUCUAGGAGAAUUAGAGAACUACCAAAAUCUAGACAUCAGAAUAUGGUGGUCAAACACUUGCUUUGUGUGAAGAAAAUCCUUGAUCCACAGGGGCCAUUCGGGAAGUGGAUUUGUCUUAGUUUGUGUGUGAUUGCAAGCUUAUUGGAUCCUCUGUUUUUUUACAUUCCUGUGAUCAAUGAUCUUAAAAAAUGCAUUGGAUUAGACAAAACAUUGGGGAUUACAGCUAGUGUUUUGCGUUCUGUCUUUGACUUCUUUUAUAUAAUUUAUAUCAUCCGCAUGCCUAGGAACCUUUUUGCUCCUUGGUCAAACUGUGGAGGAGAUAAUUCACAAAAAAAUGCAAGGAAACGUUUCCUUUGCUUCUUCCUAGUGGAACUUCUCGCCAUUCUUCCCCUACCACAGGUUGUGAUCUUAAUUAUAGUUCCAACAAUUAGAGGCUCGGAAUCUUUUAUUGCAAUGAAGUUGUUGAAAUUUUCUGUUCUUUUUCAAUAUGUGCCAAGGGUUAUCAGAAUUUACCCAUUGUUUACCAAAGCUACAAGGACUUCAGGCAAACUUGCUGGAGCUACAUGGCUCAAAGCUGCAUUCAAUCUUCUUCUCUACAUGUUUGCUGGUCAUGUAUUUGGAGCCUUAUGGUACUUUUUUGCCAUAGACAGAGAGACUGUAUGCUGGAGUAAAGCUUGCAUAAAUCGUACCAGAUGCCAUUUUGGUUCUUUUUACUGUGAUGACAAUUUAGGAGACUACUCAUUUCUAAAUGAUUUUUGCCCUACAAAAACUCAAAAUACAACUUUAUAUGAUUUUGGAAUAUUUCACGAUGCUCUUCAGUUUGGUAUAGUCGAGGUGACAGAUUUUCCCCAAAAGUUCUUGCAUUGUUUCCGUUGGGGCCUGCAAAACCUUAGUUCUUUUGGUCAAAAUCUUCCAGCUAGUACUUAUGCUUUGGAUAACUUAUUUGCAAUUUCAAUUACCAUCUCUGGCUUGGUGUUGUUUCUCUUUCUCAUUGGUAAUAUGCAGAUAUAUCUGCAGUCCAGGACUGCAAGAUCAGAAGAGAUGAGAAUAAAAGGGCUAGAGAUAGACCAAUGGAUGCCCUUCCGAAAGCUCUCUGGGAAUCUCCAAGACCAAGUUAAGAAAUACCAGAGAUACUUAUGGCGAGAAACCAGUGGCGUUGAUGUAGAAAAUUUGCUCAAUAAUCUUCCCAAGGUCCUCAGAAGGAACAUAAAACGCGAACUCUGCUUAGACCUUCUAAAGAAAGUAGAGGAGUUUAAGAAGUUAAAUGAAGCAACAUUAGACUCAUUGUGUGAUUGUGUAAAGCCAGCUUUCUACAUUAAGCGGACUCACAUUAUUCGAGAGGGAGACCCAAUUGAUGAAAUGUUCUUUGUUGUGCAAGGAAAAAUAUGGACAUACAAUUCCAAGGAUAGAACAACAGGUUCUGCCUCUUUGAACACUGAUAAUCUCGGAGAUAAUGAUGGUAACAGAAGGAAAAAACAUUUUCUUCAAGAUGGAGACUUCUGUGGUGAGGAACUUGUUGCCUGGGCUCUGGGUUAUCCCUCUUUAUCCAACCUCCCUAUUUCAACUAGAACUAUUCAAGCACUUACAAAAGUUGAAGCUUUCACUAUUAUGGCGGAUGACUUGAAAAAUGUGUUCAUUAAGCACCAGCUUUCCAGCUCUUCUGGAUUGAACUUGAAUCACUUGAUGACUCAGGCAGCUCGAAUCAUACAAGAUGCUUGGCGCCGCCAUCAUACAAGAAGGAACUCGCGAAGGUCUACCCAAGAAAUGGAGUUCAGUGGCUGGCAACACUUUACCGAAUAUCACAUCGUCGAAGAGAACGCAACCAACAUUGUCUCACCAGUAAGCAGGCCUGAGACCAUGGUUGAAGAACAAUAG